GAUCCAUCGCCGUCUAUCACUGUCACAACAUCCAGUAGUCGCAAAUGCAUAUCAGUUCUUCAAUCUUGGCUAGCUUCGGGUUGGUUGGCUCGUCGCUGGGGUCACUUCUUCCUGGCAGCCAGCACAUCUUCUCGAAUCCCUCACCAGAGUCUACCUCGGGCUUCCGCAUCCCCACUGUGCAUGAGUCUGCUGUCCAAGCACGCCGUAUUCUUCGUCUUGAAAACAUUGGCACACUAUCGACUGUUUUCCCAUCUGAGAAUCAGCAUGAAAUUUACUCUUUGGAACAACGACCAGUUGGACUUGGAGGUAUUCCCAUCGGCUUGAUGGAUUACUAUGCCGAUUGUGAGCCCGAUAGUGGCAACCCGACCAUUCUUGCACUGGAUAUUGCUACAUCGUUCAAGAACGUGGCGGCAGGCAGCAACAUCACUAUGAGCCUACGUUGGCAUCCUCAGGACGGUCGCUGGCACAGUGCCGCCAGCAUGCCAAGAUUCUCUCUUGUUGGUCACCUCGAGGAUGUGGACGAUGCGGAUGUCGAGAAAGCUGGUCUUGCCGCAUGCUUCGUCAAGAAUCACCCAGAUGCGGUCGCAUGGUUGCCAGGUAAUCGCAUACACACCAGCAGAUGGGUGAGACUUGUGGUUGAAGAGGUUUACUGGAUCGGAGGCUUUGGCGAUCGUGCAUACAUCGGUUGGAUUCCGCUGAGCGCGUGGCACAAUGUCACGCAGCAGGAGAUUGCUGCCGGAAGGUUGCCUGGCGAGAAAUCAACUUGGGGAUGGUCGGACUGGCUAUGAGCAUGCGUCCAUUGUUAUCAUAUUCGCAUAUAUUCCUCAUCGAAAUCUACAGAUCGCUGCCCAAGGCCUGCUGCUCCUAGACAGUUCGAUGGUGGUGCAACACAAUACCAAACAUUAACGAAAGCCACAGCAAAUCGUCACAAGUGAUAAAUAGUGGAGCAAUGUGGUUUGACAAUGUAAAUGCCAUGUCAGUUUGUUGUAGAUGUCUAUCUAAACAACACCCAAGCAAAAUAGGACUCCGU